AUGACCUGCGGCGACCCGCCCUGGGCUAGCAGCUCGGGGGCCGUGCGUGCUAUCCGCAACCCCCAUUACAAUUUGCGCACCAAAGACAGUGACCUCUUGCUGCUCAAGCUGGCGCCCCCUGCUGCCAUCAACGAGUAUGUGUGGCCCCUGCCGCUGGCCACGCGCUGUGUCCCUCCCAGCCGGCGCUGCCUGGUGUUGGGGUGGGGAACGACCUCCAGCCCCCCAGCGACAUUCUCCGACGUCCUACAUUGCACAGACAUGAACACGAUCUCAGCAGCAGAGUGUCAGGCGGCGUACCCUGCGGGCGUGACUGACAACAUGUUGUGU